AUGUCCAAAUACGUUGUUAUAGGGUCAGGGAUAGUUGGUUUAUACACUGUGUAUAAUCUAAUCGAAAGAAAUGUCAAUGGCGAAGAGAUAACAGUUAUUGCGGAGUAUUUACCUGGAGAUGAAUCUAUUGAUUAUACAUCGCCUUAUGCUGGAGGUAAUUUCUCAUGUAUCACCGAUGAUCAUCCAGAUACUUUAAAGUUUGAUAAGCACACUUAUACUAGGUUACAAUCUAUUCAAAGGAGAUUGGGUGGUCCUCAACAUGGAUUGGAUAAGAUACAAUCAACUGAAUAUUUUGAUACUAAGCCAUCUGAUGCUAAAAUCAAUUCCUUGAAAAGCUAUAUAGAAAACUAUACGGAAUUGCCAAAACUGGAAAUGCCUCAUGGUUGUCAAUAUGGUAUUAGAUAUACUUCAUGGAGUUUCAAUUGUCCAAAAUUCUUGCUCAAUAUGAAGAAAUAUCUUGAAGGGAAAGGAGUUACUUUUGUCCAAAAAAAAUUGAGUCAUAUUUCUCAAGCCUUUGCUUUUGGUACUAAAAUUGUAUUCAAUUGUACUGGUAAUGGGUCAAAAUACUUGGGUGGAGUCACCGAUAACAAAAUUUAUCCUACAAGGGGACAAGUGGUUGUUAUCAAGGCUCCACAUAUUAAAGAAAAUGUAAUGAGAUGGGGUGAUAAUUAUGCUACUUAUAUAAUUAAAAGACCUUAUUCUCAUGAUCAAUUAAUUCUUGGAGGUUUUUUACAAAAGGAUGAUUGGAGAUCAGCAACUUCUCAUGAUGAAACAUUGGAUAUAUUGAAGAGAACUACUCAAUUAUUACCUCUGAUUCUUUCUAGAAACACUUAUGGAUCUUCCAUUGAAGAUUUGGAAAUCCUCAGAGUCGCAGCAGGUUUAAGACCAAGUAGACACGGGGGUCCUAGAAUUGAAAGGGAACCAAUAGAUCAUACAAAGUGUGUUAUUCAUAAUUAUGGUGCUAGUGGGUAUGGAUAUCAAGCUGGGUUAGGAAUGGCAUAUCGUGCUGUUUCCCUUGCAUUAGAUGUUAAGCCUAAACUUUAG